AGUAACGUAGUUAUUUAUUUAUAUAACUAAAAUCAAAAUUAUAAUUCACAACUCAAAUUAAUUAAUAUAGAUGAAAACCCAAAAAAUUUAUGGAAAAAGGAAGUUGAUCGUAAUAAAUAUCAGUUCCAUGUUACAAUUACUACUAUUGAUUUAACUAUUGAAUCAGAAAAUGUAGAUGAAAGUAUAGUUUAUAUAGAAGAUUUAGAAAAAAGAAGACAAGCAUAUGGAAUAUGUAGAGAAUGUAAUGAACCUGGCACAGGAGACCAUUGGUGUCAAUCUUGUAAUGCUAAAAGAUUUAAGGAUAACGACUAGUGGAAAUAAACAUAUUGAUGAAUUUAUACAACAAUCACAACUUAAUGCUGUACACUAUUCAAAAUAUCUUGAAUGGAUACUUUUUGAAAAAUUUCAAAAUGUCACUUAUAUUGCAGAUGGUGGUUUUGGUAGGAUUUAUUCAGCAGAAUGGCUUGAAGGAAAUAUUGAUCAUUGGGAUAUUGAAAAUCAAAGUUGGUAUAGAUACAGGUUUAAUAAAUAUGCAUUGAAAAGUUUGAAUAAUUCUUCUGAUAUAUGUUCAGAUUUUUUAAAUGAGAUUAAAUCUCAUCUUCAGAUUUAUUUUGAUAAUAUUGUUUCAUGUUUUGGAAUUACUCAAGAUCCAAAUAAUAAAGAGUAUAUGAUGGUUUUAUAUUAUUGUGAUGGAAAUUUAAGAAAUUAUUUAAAUAAAUCUAAAAUUUAUAUCAAUUAUAAAUCAAAAAUUGAUAAAUUACAACAAAUUGCAAGAGGACUUUUAGAUAUUCAUAAUGCUGAAAAAGUUCACAAAGAUGUUCAUUCAGGUAUGUGUAAACCAGAAAAUUUAAAGAAAUCAGUUAAAGAAGAAGGAAUUUAUGGAGUAUUACCAUACAUGGCACCAGAAGUUUUAGGUGAAUACCAAUAUACAAAAGCAGCAGAUAUUUACUCAUUUGGAAUAAUAAUGAUUCCUUUUAAUGAUAUUCCUCAUGAUAAAUUUUUAGCUAUUAAAAUAUGUAAAGGACUUAGACCAACAAUUUCUAAAGAUGUACCAAAGUUACUUGCAGAUUUGAUAAUAAAAUGUUGGGAUGCUGAAAUAAAAAAUAGACCAACCACUAAAGAAUUGUAUCAGAUAUUAACAACAUGGAAUAACGAAACUAAAGAUAUUAAAGAUAGUGAAUAUAGUGAAUAUAUAUAG